AUGCAUCAAAGUCUAAGUACUCCCAAGGCAAGGCGGAACCACGUCCAUUCUGCUGUACACCGAUUAGAGCAUUCUCCAACUCUAGCACAUAGUAUGGCACGCGUUGCACGCAUUCCCGUUCCUGCAGUGACCCUGCCUGUUUCCACGAUACCUCCAAUUGCUGCAUAUGCAGGCCUCCGUACAAUGCAUCCUGGCACGGCAAAUGAUCGUCGUGUCGAAAGUUAUCAACGACACCAGCGUCCAUCCUCUCGGGCUGCACGAGCCUCUGGGGAACUCAAUGCUGCGACUGUACGCUGUGGCACAUCUACCACUGUGACUCAGCGCUUUCGUGCUGCUGCGACCACUCAAAGCACCAGUGCAGGAGCUCCUCGUAGCACCGGGCAGGAUGAAAUGCAUACGAGCUUUAUGGUGGGGUUUCUGCCAUUUGUGCCCCGCGGAUCUGUUUACUCUGCUCCGGAUGAAGCAUCUCCCGAAUACAAGUGGGAUGGAGAUCAAGUUGCCGCUGUUCAGCGCACUCUUGGUCAAGCUAAUUUGCUCUUCCAAAUUGACUUUAGAGUGGUCGAUGGUCCUGUCUGGGAUGCCUUUGACCAGCAGAUAAUUGAGCAUUGUGAGCUGUUUGAGAUUACGCUUGCCCAGCGUUCUUCCGGAACUCCUCGUGCUCCUUCAACACUCGCAUGA